AUGAUAAUAAGCAUUUUAUUCGAAUCGAAUCCAUUGAAAGCUGCUAGGGAUGAAAACAACGCAGAUCGUUCAUCGGACUGCCAAGACAAAAUUGUGAUAACAAAGGCGUCAACAGGGCAAUCAAAGACAAAAAAGCUAAGAAACUCAGCAGGAAGAUCAGAACAGUUGGAAAACAGCGUGGAAGGUCAAACACCUAUUAAAGAUGCGUCGAAUGACAUAACACAUAACAAAGACACCGGUGAUGUGUACUACAAUAUGAAUAAGGUUGCCGUCAAAGACUUGGGAUUAUUCGUGGCUACAAAGGACAACGCUUAUUUUCUCGAAGAGUUUAAGAAACUUCCUGAAGGUUUGGUAAAACCCCAUCAAGAUGCAAUGAGGCCAGAAAAUCGUCCCAGAAAUAGAUAUCAAGGCAUUUACCCAUAUGACGACACCAGAGUGAAAUUGACGGGUGGAGAUACAGAUUUUAUCAACGCAAGUUUUGUAGACGGAUACAGGCAGGAAAAUGCAUACAUUGCAUCACAAGGUCCAACAGAGAAGACAAUGCAGGACUACUCGGUGUUUUGGCGGAUGAUCUGGCAACAAAAAGUUGGCAAGAUCGUUAUGCUCACAAAUUUAGUUGAAGACGGGAAACCAAAAUGCGACCAAUAUUGGCCGGAUCAUGGAACCACCAAACAGUAUGGAGAGAUACACGUGACGUGUUUAACUGAAGACAUGUACGCCGACUUCUUGAUGUUAACUUUUUCAGUGAAAAUGGAUAAAGAGGACAGGGCGGUACAACAUCUUCAUUUCACCAGCUGGCCAGACAAAGGGGUUCCCGAUGAUGUAACUUCCCUGGUAGAUUUCCGUCACAGGGUUCUACAAACAAAAUCUCCACUUGAUGGACCUACUCUCGUUCACUGCAGUGCUGGCGUUGGCAGGACGGGAACUUACAUAGCGAUGGACGUGCUGACAAGAGAGGGUGAAGCGGAAGGAUCCGUUGACAUUCAUGGCUGUGUCAACACCCUAAGACAUCGUCGUACGCGUAUGGUCCAAACCGCUGUAAGACCGCCAACGUUUCUCUAA